AUGGAUUCCAAGAAGUCUAACAAGAUUAGAGACAUUGUUAGGCUUCAGCAGAUCCUGAAGAAGUGGAGGAAGCUUGCAAGUUCAUCAAAGACCACCACAACUACCACCACCACCAGCAGCAGCAGCAAGAGCAUAAAGUUUCUCAAGAGAACACUCUCUAUAUCAGAGAGCUCUGCAAAGGAAACCUCAAGCAAUGUCGUCCCAAAGGGCUACCUGGCCGUUGGCGUCGGAGAAGAACAAAAGAGAUUCAUAAUCCCAACGGAGUAUUUGAGCCACCCUGCAUUUCUCAUCUUAUUAAGAGAAGCAGAAGAAGAAUUCGGGUUCCAACAGGCAGGCGUCUUAAGGAUUCCUUGUGAAGUAGCGGUCUUUGAGAGUAUCUUGAAAGUGGUGGAGGAAAAGCAAGACCUGUUCUUCAUGCAGGAAUGCAGGUUUGAUGUGGAUGAUAUCGUGGCGUAUUGCUCGUUGAAAAGCCAGCAAACUCCAUCUCACCAUCCUCAAAUCCUCUAUCCCAGUGAUGGCUGGGAUAUCUAUCCACAUUCACGAAUCUAUGGAGCCCUCACAAACAGAAACAAUGAAUGA